GUCCAUCCAGCUGAGGGGACUGUAGAGAACUCAGGAAAGUGUUUGCCGUCACGUACUACCUGAUGUGGGAGAGAAGGAAGGAAAAAAGAAAGAUAGAAAGUUUCAGCUAUAGCGACUUGCUAGUUGGAUGCUGACUGUCGGACAUAAAACAGAAUGGAUGAGGACAAUGACAGUUUGACCUGCAGUGUGAACACGAUCCAAAGUACCCGCCAAGUGUCAGCAGAAGGCAGGCAUGCUGCCAGGCAGCAGUGUCAGCAGUGAUAUCCGGGCCCGGGUGCAACAGUUUCUGGAGGAGAGGAUGCAGACCACAAUGCUGACCGGUGUGCUGAUUGGGGCUGUGGUGGCAGUCUCUCUGAUUGGCAUCAUCAUGCUCUUCCUCUACAGGAGAUACAAACUGGCCAGGGGACAGCUGGGGGGUACUCCACGUUAUCGCUUCCGGAAAAGAGACAAGGUGCUCUUCUACGGCAGAAAGAUCAUGCGAAAGGUGCAGACCUUGUCCUCUCCACCCACCUCAGGCUCAAACUCCGUGUCCAAGCAACGCAGCCGCAAGAGACCCAAGGUGCUGAGCAUUGCUCGCAGGAUCCUGCGGAUUCGACGGGAGCCCCCUACCCUGCAGCCCAAAGAGCCCCCACCCUCGCUGCUGGAGGCCGACCUGACAGAGUUUGACGUUCAGAACUCGCACCUGCCCUCCGAGGUGCUCUACAUGCUGAAGAAUGUCAGGGUUCUGGGUCACUUCGAGAAGCCGCUGUUCCUGGAGCUGUGCCGUCACAUGGUGUUCGUGGAGCUGCAGGAGGGCGAGGGGCUCUUCCGCCCCGGGGACACCGACGACAGCAUCUAUGUUGUGCAGGACGGGCGCCUUGAACUCUGCGUCCACGAGAGUGAUGGCACUGACCCCGUGGUGAAGGACGUGUUACCGGGAGACAGUGUCCACAGUCUGCUCAGCAUCCUGGACAGCAUCACUGGCUACCCAGCCCCCUACAAGACUGUGUCUGCUCGGGCAGCCUCCAGGUCCACCAUAUUACGCCUUCCAGCAUCUGCCUUCCAGUCUGUCUUUGAGAAAUACCCUGAGACACUGGUCCGAGUCAUCCAGAUCAUCAUGGUUCGUCUCCAGAGAGUGACGUUCCUGGCCUUGCACCACUACCUGGGGCUGACCACCGAGCUCUUCAACCCGGAGAGGCAGGCUGUGCCCCUGGCAUCGGUGGCCAGUGUGAUUGGAGAGGGGGCUUCCAGCAGGGCUGGGAGGCGGCAGCAUUCUCACAGCCACAAUGAGGAGGAGCCCGCCUUGGGAGCCACAGACCAGCCCACAGACACAGAUGGUGGGAAAGUUGGGCAGUCUGAGAACAACAGGAAGUCCCGCUCUGUGUCGACGCCUAAUGAUGUCACGGGGGUGACCGGAAAUGAUCUUAAUAUGGCAUACGAGAGAGCCAGAGUCGCCAUGGAUGAGCCCCCAUCCAGUCCUGUAGUGCACAAGUCUAUUCUGAAGAAGACUGUAACUAUGCAGCACACGCCCUCGGCUGUGUUCCACUACACGGACACCGGGGGGCGCUCUGACCAUGUCCCCCCAAGCAAGAUAAAUGCUAUCUUCCAGGCGGCUAAGAAAGAUCUGCUGGGACUCAUCCAGUUGCAGGACCCCAGCCUGCUGGAGGGCAGGGUAACCCUGCACCAGGUGAAAUCUGGAUCAUUAGUGGCACGGCAGGGAGACCAGGACGUGAGUGUGCAGUUUGUGAUUUCAGGGCUGCUGCAUGUGUACCAGCGCAUGAUUGAUCGUGAGGAGGACACCCUCUUGUUCGUCACCCACCCAGGGGAGCUGGUGGGGCAGCUGGCCGUGCUGACCGGAGAGCCCCUCAUCUUCAGCGUGCGCGCCCAGAGAGACUGCACCUUCCUGGCCAUCUCCAAGACACACUUCUACGAGAUUAUGCGGGCGGAGCCCAGGGUGGUGUUGAACGUGGCACACACAGUCGUGCGUAGGAUGUCCCCGUUUGUGAGGCAGAUCGACUUCGCCCUCGACUGGAUGGCCGUGGAGGCUGGCCGUGCCGUCUACAGGCAGGGGGACAAGUCUGACAGCACCUACAUCGUCUUGAGUGGACGUCUGCGCUCUGUCAUCAUGAAGGAGGACGGGAAAAAGGAGCUGACCGGAGAGUAUGGCCGCGGCGACCUCAUCGGGGUGGUGGAGGCCCUGACCCAUCAGAACAGAGCCACUACGGUGCAUGCCGUCCGGGACUCUGAGCUGGCCAAGCUGCCAGAGGGGGCACUCAGCUCCAUCAAGAGGAGAUAUCCACAGGUGGUGACCAGGUUGAUCCACCUUCUUGGGGAAAAGAUCCUGCAGCAGGUUAACGGCCCACUGUCAGCCCGCAGCUUGUCCCUGCACACCUCCAGCAGUAAGUGGGACACAGGGAACCCUGCCUCCAACCUGUCCACCGUGGCCAUCCUGCCCGUGUCCGAGGAGGUGCCCCUGACUGCCUUCACCCUGGAGCUGCAGCAUGCGUUGAGUGCCAUUGGCCCCACCCUCCUCUUAACCAGUGACAUCAUCAAACAGCGCCUGGGAUCAGCAGCACUGGACAGCGUGCACGAGUACCGCCUGUCCAGCUGGCUCGGGCAGCAGGAGGACAUCCACCGCAUCGUGCUGUACCAGUCGGACAGCACGCUGACGCCCUGGACCCAGCGCUGCAUCCGCCAGGCCGACUGCAUCAUCAUUGUGGGACUGGGGGAGCAGGACCCUGCCGUCGGGGAGUUGGAGCGCAUGCUGGAGGGUAGCGCGGUGCGGGCCCAGAAGCAGCUGGUUCUGCUUCACCGUGAGGAUGGGCCCCCUCCCCGGGGAACGGUGGACUGGCUCAACAUGCGAAGCUGGAUCUCCAGACACCUGCACCUGUCCUGCCCCCGGCGGGUCUUUUCGAAGAGGAGUCUUCCCAAGCUAAGAGAGAUGUAUCAGAGGGUGUUCCAGAAGCCGCCUGAUCGCCACUCGGACUUCUCACGCCUGGCCCGGGUCCUGACGGGCAACGCCAUUGCCCUGGUGCUGGGGGGAGGGGGUGCCAGGGGCUGUUGUCAGGUCGGGGUGCUGCGGGCUUUGAGUGAAGCAGGAAUUCCUGUAGACCUGGUCGGCGGCACUUCCAUCGGAGCCCUGAUGGGGGCGCUGUACGCCGAAGACAGGAGCCACAGCCGCAUGAGAGUUCGAGCGCGGGAGUGGUCCAUGGAGAUGACUUCGGUGUUUAAGAAGGUGCUAGACCUGACCUACCCCGUUACCUCCAUGUUCUCUGGGGCUGCCUUCAACUCCAGCAUCAGCGCAGUAUUUAAGGGCAAACAGAUAGAGGACCUUUGGAUCCCUUAUUUCAACAUCACCACUGACAUCAGUGCCUCAGCCAUGAGAGUCCACACAGACGGAUCUCUGUGGCGGUAUGUUCGUGCCAGCAUGUCUCUGUCUGGGUACCUGCCCCCACUUUGUGACCCCAAAGAUGGGCACCUUCUCAUGGACGGGGGUUACAUCAACAACCUACCGGCGGACGUGGCGCGCUCCAUGGGUGCAAAGGUGGUGAUUGCCAUCGAUGUUGGCAGCCAGGACGAGACUCACCUCACGAACUACGGUGAUUCGCUGUCGGGCUGGUGGCUGCUAUGGAAACGCUUAAAUCCCUUGGCAGAGAAAGUCAAGGUGCUAAACAUGGCGGAGAUCCAGACACGGCUGGCCUACGUGUGCUGUGUCCGGCAGCUGGAGUCGGUGAAGAGCAGCGACUACUGCGAGUACAUCCGCCCCCCCAUCGACCGGUACCGCACGCUGGAGUUUGGCAAGUUCGACGAGAUCGCUGAGGUGGGCCACCAGCACGGGAAGACUGUCUUUGACGUGUGGAUCCGCGGCGGCGUGGUGGACAAGAUGCUGAAAGACCGGCACCAGGAGGAGUUCCACAACACAAAGAGCAGCAAUGUGGUGACAUGCCCCAACGCCUCCUUCACAGACCUGGCAGAGAUCGUGUCCAGGAUCGAGCCUGUCAAACCAGCUCUUGUGGAUGAAGAGUCAGACUAUCAGACAGACCAUGAGGAGGAGGCUGUGGGGAGUGCUCUGUCUGAUGUUGAGCUCUCCAGUCAUCACAGUGAACAUGCAGAGGGGGAGGAGACUGCUGACACGGAUGAAGAAAUGGAACUUAGACAGAGACGGCGAGUCCCUCAGCUGUCAAACAGCACCCACUGACUCCAUCCACCCUCUCACUGCCACCUACCACCGAUCCCAACACUCCCGCCAACCAUCUCACUGAUCCCAUCCAUUCUUAUUGACCGUCCGCUCCCCCCCACCAUCCGCUUCCACUACAUCACUGACUCCUUCGGUCCUUCUACUUAUUUACCCGUCCCUUCCCUGCCCCGCCCACCUCUCUCACUGACCCCUCCCAGCCUCCUGCUUAUGUCUUCUACUUACCUGCCCAUUUCUUUUACUGACUCCACCCACCCCCCACCUCUUCUGCUGACCUGGAAACCCUUUCACUGACUAUCGCACAAUCUCCCUGGCUUAUUCUCACUGACAGCACCCCACCUAUCAGAAGAAAGGUGUUGAGGUGUGGAACUGUGAACAACGUUCCGUCCGGUGCCAAAAUUCACAGCAGAUACACAAAUUGCUGUGUCACUGUGAAGUCUUCCAGUUUUACAUGGCAUGUUAUUUUAUGUAUUUUUUUGUUUUAAUUUCAAAUUAUAAUGCAGUUCAGGUUAAAAAGGGUCCAUUUCCAUUAUGCCAGUGUUACUUUACUACAUUUUAGUGAACACCAGCAGGCACUAAUAAAUCAUGCACUAUUAUACCAUCACAGUUUACAAUUUCAGUCAUACACGUUUACUCUCCAACAGAUAUUGUUUGACGGUGGUCAAAUUCAUUACAUUCGGUGCUGAUACUUCAUUUUUUUUAUUCAUGUUAUUUUAGUUUACUCUUAUAUGAUGUAACCAAUCAAGCAUCAGUCUUCACUGGCCCCCACCUUCUUUACGCACACAUACACACAAAGAAACUAUGAAAAACAAGCCAAUCAAUGCAAGAAUUUUUAUACAGUAUGCAUGUUUUUGGUACCUCUCUUGCCUUAUGCCUCUAAACAAUGCAGUUUAUAACGGAGGAGUGCCUUUAACUGUGCUGUCAGUGUUACCAAACGUAUUGUUAUAGCUUAUGUUUAAUAGCCUAACCUGGGGUCAGCUACAGUAAUAAUGUAAUCCAGUGUGACCCCAUUUUAAUUUCAGUGAGACUGAUACUCUAAUUGCUUCUUUUGAAAUGGAAAAGGAAUUGCUUUCAGCGUUUCAAAAUGCAGCUGACAGUGUCACAUGUUGAUAAACUCACAGAGAUGUACUGUGAAAUAUGUCUGACACAGUUUCAACGAGUAUUUCAAAUCAGUCUUCCUUAUUGUAACGAGUGCUGAAACAGUGUCUAUUGCUGAACCAGGGUUAAUACUGUGGUUUUUUGUGUUUGUGUGUUGUUGUUAGUUAUGGGUAGUGUUGAUAUGACCAAUGGAUUGUCCUUGCAGCAUCGUCAAACUGAAAUCCACUCUGACACUCUGCAUUCUUUGAGGAGCUCAUUAGGCAAUGACAUUUUUGGCAGAAUCAUUGCUUAUAAAUGAAUAUUGAUAUUAAGUGUAUCUGGGGACAGUAUGUUUAGUUUGUGCAUGGAAAUCAAAAAUGCUCAGUUACACUGGAGCUGAGCAGUACUAUGCAGAUGAUCACCACAUGAACUGCAAAUUCGAUGUUUGUUGAAUUUGCGGUGCAAGCACAGAUAAUCUUUUAUUUUGAAGGUUUCUUAGAAAUGUAACAGCUAGGCGCCUACAUUUACCCUAAAGGAAUCCUUAAAGGCACAAAUGCAGAAACUGCCUUUCAGAUUUGUUUCUUUAGAAAUGGUGGUAAAAAGUGUGUCAGCUAUCUUGGAAUGUUUUAGGGCUGGAGUGUUCACCUGACAACCAAUAAGCUACCAAAAAAAACACUAUAAGUGUUUUGUGACAGUUAUGUUCAAAAAGUUCUUUGAGAGAAGAAGAUAUUUGUAACACCUCUG